GUACUUGAUGUCAUACACACUCCCAUUGGUCUGCGCAGUGCCGCUUGAAGUCAAACACGCCUACAGUCAGUCAGGCGGAGGAAAUCAUUUUUUAGCAAAAAUGAACGCUGCUACCUUCCGAGACUGCAAGGCGUGGAUAUCCGAGGGUCUGCCACUGUCCACCAGCAGCAAUGAAGCCUGUAAACUAUAUGAUGCUAUACUUUCUCAGUAUGUGACCUGGCGCAAUGAUGAAACACUCGGAGGAAUUGAAGGCUGUAUUGCAGCUGUCAAAGCAGCAGAUCCGGACUUUGUGAUGGGUCAUGUGAUCUCUACUGGGCUGGAAUUGGUGGGCACGGGAAGUUCAGUCCUGCGGGAUGAGAGACUGGCCAAUGCCGUUAGGACGACUGUGGACCUGGCAAAAUCUCAAGAGCUCACACCCAGAGAGAGAGGCCAUGUCAAAGCCAUGGAGCUCUUCUCUAGAGGAGCUUUACAUAAGGCAUGUGAGAUUUGGGAGGAUAUUCUGGUGGAUCAUCCUACAGACAUGUUGGCAUUGAAAUUUGCCCAUGAUGGCUUCUUCUACCUGGGUGAACAGACUCAGAUGAGGGACUCAGUGGUCCGAGUGCUGCCCCACUGGAAACCACAUAUGCCAUUGUACAGCUAUAUUAAAGGGAUGCAUUCUUUUGGGCUGCUCGAGACUCGGAACUAUGAUGAAGCUUUAAAAAUGGCAAAAGAGGGCCUGGCUUUGACCCCUGAGGAUGGCUGGUGUGUUCAUGCUGUGGCUCAUGUCCAUGAGAUGAGGGCAGAGAUUGACAAGGGGCUAAAUUUCAUGGCCUCUACCGAAAAAGACUGGAUGGUGUGUGACAUGUUGGCAUGUCAUAAUUACUGGCACUGGGCCCUCUAUCAUAUUGAAAAGGGGGAGUAUGAAGCAGCAUUAAAGAUUUUUGAUGAGCAGGUUUCUCAGCGCUGUGUGAAAUCUGGCGCCAUGCUGGACACCGUGGAUUCUUGUUCUCUGCUCUACAGACUAGAGCUGGAGGGUGUGAGCAUGAAGAACCGCUACCGAGAGAUACUGCAGGUCACCCAGCCUCAUACAGAGGACCACACAUUACUUUUUAAUGAUCUGCACUUUCUCAUGGUUAGCUUGGGCUGCAAAGAGACAAACACCAGUCAGCGUCUGCUGGAGAGCCUGCAGGAACUAGCUAAAGACCCGGCAGAGAACCAUCAGCUUCAUAUAGCCGAGCGUGUGGGUCUGCCCAUGUGUCAGGCUCUGCUGGAGUAUGACCAGGGUAACUACAGCCAGGCUGUUGAGUUGCUUAAACCCAUCCGAUACCGCUUUGUGGAAAUUGGGGGCAGUGACGCACAGAGGGAUAUUUUCAAUCAACUGCUCAUUCAUGCUGCCAUGAAGUCAGGAGACAAACACCACCAAAGAUUUGCAAGAUGCAUGCUGAUCGAGAGAGACUCGCUGCGCCCAAACUCGCUGCUCACAGAUCGUCUGAUUCAGAGAGCACAUGCCUUACACGUUUAAAUAUGGCUCCUAUUCCUUAAAUAUUUAACAAAGCCUGUUCUCUAUCUGUUUAAUUACAGACACCUUUCUUAA